AUGGCGCCUCUAAGCUCGUCCAAGGACAAGUUCUUUGAGAAGGUCAUCAACCCUUAUCUUCCAGAGGUGAUGAAACACCCUCAGGAGAUCGAGAUGCAUGAGGGAGUACUUCACAUCCGGGAUGUUCAAUGGCCUAAGAAGACCGGAAGCGAGAAGGCCAGGCUGGUAGCGGUGGAGCAGGAGAUGUUAAAGUGCCAGGGGAUGGUGGAGCGUGGACUCAUCGCUAGCCACUCCAUGAUCACGAAAUUCAACCGUGAGCACAAGUUGGCCAGGCAGGAGGAGAUCGGAGACACCAUCUUCAAGCUCAAUGACAGGAUCGCUUUCCUUCUGGCCCAAAUCUAUGAUUUCCAAAAUUAG